AUGGCUUCGGGCACCCAGCCAAGGGUCCAGCCUCCCGCUGCAAAACCUAGCCAGGCUGAAAGGGCCGCCAAAGCGGCCAAACUACAGGCUGAGAGGGAGGCAAAGAAGGCUGCAGCGAAGGCCGAGAAGGACGCAGAGAAGGCUGCAGCAAAGGCCGCAAAGGCUGCCAAUACCAAAAGCACCACAAAGAGCACAAAGAGCACACCUGCCGCGAAAACUAUAACUACCAAAAUCACCAAGGUAGCCAAGGUAGCCAAGGUAGCCAAGGUAGCCAAGGUAGCCAAGGUAGCCAAGGUAGCCAAGGUAGCCAAGGCAGCCAAGGUUGCGAAGGUUGCGAAGGUUGCGAAGGUUGCGAAGGUUGCGAAGGUUGCGAAGGUUGCGAAGGUUGCGAAGGUUGCGAAGGUUGCGAAGGUUGCGAAGGUUGCGAAGGUUGCGAAGGCUGCGAAAGCUGCGAAAGCUGCGAAGGUCGCCAAGAAGGCGAAAGCCGCAAAGAGAGUUAGUGCAGUUACCCUGCAACCUCAAGCAAAUCAAUACGACGAAGAUGAAGAUGAAGACGAGGAAAACGAAAAUUACGAUGAACAACAAGCCAAAAGGCGCAAGAUUGAGACUCAAGCUCUUCGCAGACCUUAUGUGGAAGUCAGCGCACCUAAAGCAAAGCCUCCCGUUUUCCAAAUUGGGGAAUGGGAUUACAUGAGGAAAACAGAUAUCCCAGAAGGUCUGGAGAACGAAGAUAACAGACCCCUACCACACAUCUAUAUCGGAGGCACUGCACCACAGCCUCGUUGGGUGAUCACUCAAAACCAGUCCAUACUGCUCCCUGUCAAGCGAGGAUCUGACCCAAAUUCCAGCUCCGGGAGUAGGGAUAGGUGGGAGUUUGGAGGUUUACAGUGGACCUUUGAAGAAGGCGAUUUCCAGAAAUGGACCGGGAUGGCAUACCCAGCUCUUUACGAACUUGCGUUCUUGUGCCUCGAGCAUACGCUCACUGAUACAAAGGUCCGAGAGCAUAUCUAUGAUUCCCUAGCCAAGGGCCCCUUGCCCAAGGAGGCGACUGAAGGGAUCAGAUGGUACCCAGCUCUGCCGCCAAUUCCCAUCACAAGGUACUUUGUGGCUGGAUCUUCCACGCAAACUAGUCGAAAAUCAAGUGAUGCGACCUUUUAUUUUGGAGGUUAUGAGCGUCCAAACAUGGCAGCUCGAGCUCGUGAUGAACGUCUUGCGCAGCUGUAUCCGCAGGCCGUGGCUUCCAGUCUAUACAAUAGACCGACAUUCGAGGGAUGGCCAACUGCCCCGCGCUCUGCAAGUCCAGAUUCGGAAGGCGAGGAGCACAGUGAGAAGGGCAGUGAGAAGGGCAGUGAAGGAGAUCAGUCAGUCGAGUCCAGCGCGUCUGUGGUAGGGAAGCCUUACCUGGAACGAAAUCCAACGGACACUUUCUCCGAACCGACAGCAACUCUUUCACUUCAAAACGAGCAGCGCGUCAAGCAGAACAUCAAGCAGCACGUCGAACAGGACGAGCAGGACAGCGAUCAGGAUAGCGAGCAGGACAGCGAUGGUAGUCAGUCAGCCAGGUCCAGGGUGUCGUCUGUGUCUAGAGAGCUUGACGUGGAACUAAUUCAAGGGGGCACUUAUUCGGAACCGACAACCCCUGUGUCGCUUGGAAACGAUGAGAAAAAUGCACGACUUGACACAAUCUCGAAAGAUGGUUCAAUCUUUGGCGACGGCGAUGACUCGGAUGAUGACGCUCGGGAUGAGCCUAAAUCAGCUCGAGACUCUCGAGAACAAUCACCUAACAGCAUUUUCUCUGGCUCCGGCUCCGGCAGCGAGGUCAGCGCUUCUUCCAAGACCAGUGAACCUAGCAAUGUCAACGUCGCUGACGAUAAUAGCGCCCAACCGACGAAUAGCCUGACCCCAGUAUCCCACGAUGGGCUCUUCAGCCCUGAACAGAUUGAGAGGUAUUAUAGCGAGAGGAACAGAGUUUUUGAGCAGGAAAGGUUAGGCGGACUUGAACGUCACGCAGCGCCAGAACGAAAGAGUCAAGCAAAGCCGUCACCAAAUUCUAAGCCGGACAUAUCGGGGCCAAUCAGAGCCACAAUAGAGAGAAGAAGUCUUGGAAGAGAAGGACUUGCAGAGUCAAGUAAACGAAGUCGGGUAGAGUCACCAUCAACACCAUCACCACCCGCAACUCGAAGGAAGACAACGACUGAGAUCGGGGUGGAUAACGUUAUGGCAUUUGCAGAUACAUUACAAAAACAACGGAACGAAAUGCGAGCCGCUGCAGCGGAGAAAAUAUCAGACAAACCGUCGGGGACACCGUUUAAAAAGUGUACACCAAAUCGAGCAGGUGCAAGAUCGCAGGCAAAUGCACCUAGUCCUGAUAUUCUGCCUAAUCUGCAAGACAGGUUUCUGGAACAGACCAAGGCAUAUCUCAAUGAUCCAAUUCAGAGGGCGAAACAUUUCCCUGACCCUCUUGCUGUUCGCCGAGUUAGAGUAUGGGCAGGGGAGGAAUUGGUGGGCCAUGAGAUCAAACCCACAGUCGACGCUAUACUGCCCCCUUGGGCUGAAAGGCAUCGGCCUUUCAGUCAAUGGCAGGAUCCGGUAAGUGCCUCAUUCAUUGAGCUUUUUGAGAACCGCACUGAUCACAAUCGAUUAGACUGGGAUAACCCCUGGGCCUGCGGCGCGUACAAAGGUCUCGAGAUGCAAAAAGCGGAGCAAGGGACAAAGUAA